UUGUCGCUUGCCUCCAACUUUGGUAGACUAGACUACUGCUGUGGCUGUUGCUACCGUAGCUAGCUAGCCAGCACCAUGACGCCUUUACUACGACGACUCCUGUUCGUUGCUUAUCUACUCAUUGGAUGGAGAAACUGUCGGUUGGCAAUGGCCAUGGUGGUCGAGGAAAGUAUGGUUGCGAAACGAUGGCAACGGGCAAAUAGUUUGGAAUCCAGCACUGAUAAGGUGCCGAUAUUCUCCUCGUUAUCUAUAUGUACCUGUAGUAGCAGGAGAUCUAUGAUGGCAACGGCGUUGGCACUGCCAGUACUAGUAGCAAUCCCGACCGUGGGAAGCUGCGAAGAAGCCUUGCCCUUUCAAGAUAAAGAAGAAGAUGAUGGCGACAACAAGAGAGGAGGCAAACCAUUUGCUCCUGCCAGCGCCCUCUUACCAGCGACCCAGCUCAAGCUGGCAGUCGAUCAACUGUAUGACUUGUCGCAAUCUCUUGACGACAAGACCGCCAGCACACAACAACAACAAAAGUACCAAACGCUACAACAAAUGAGUCAAUUGUGGAAGAAUCGUCCUCCACUCUUUACUACUACAACUUCUGCCAAACAACAACAACGACUGCCUCCACGAGCGUCACCCUCCACGGCACAACUGACAACGGGAAUUUCAUCGGCCAACAAGCAGCAGUACCAAGCCAACCGCAAAGACUUGACAUCGCUCCCCGAUCGAAUGGCCGCCAUGCUCAAUCAAGCCGAUGUCGAACGUCAAUGGGGGAUGUUGCAGUACCAAGAAUCCAAGCUAGAAUCCAACAAUGAACUACGAGCCGCACUGAACUAUUACACAUCCCAACUCGAGUUUGGACAGGCAUAUUUGUUGACUGCGAGUAAGGAGACGAGAAAACAACUGAUUCGGAAUGAUCAAUUACCAUCCUUGACGGCAGUCAUAACGGCCGACUUGGAUUUGAGAGAUUUGUAUCGCAAUGAUUUCCUAACCGCCAUGGAUGAUGCCAUUGCGGAGAUGGAGUAUCAAUUGAAGCUAACGCCGCAAGAAGUGGACGUUACAGAUGUUGUAGAGCUCCUGGAGCAGGCUCAUACGGCCUUGUCCAAGUGGUUCGGUCUCAUUGCUUUGAGUGAUGUGCAAGAGGCAGUGGAAACGGUGAGACAAUAAGGGUGAGAGAUCAACCACAAAUGCCAGCUUGGCUGCAAGCAAGAAAGCAAUGGCCAAAUCUUUCCGGUGGGCUCGGAGGAGGCUCAAAGCUAAAGAACGGGAUAAAAGUCCACAAAUCUGUACUCCAGCAAUGCAUGACUCGACUCGGAGGCUCAUCAAGCGGCUAUUAUUACUUUCUUCCUGUUUGAUGGUCAAACAAACAUCAAACAGUGUCUCCAUUGCUUGCAGCUUGCAGAUGCAGUAUGUUUCGAUGUUUCAGCCAUUUGACCAUUCAACGUACCAAACAAUGCAGCAAUAAACAAUUCUCCAGUAAUUCCAAAGUAGUGUACUAGCCUAGAGUAGUUCUUGGUUUCCAUACGCUUCAGUCGCCAGAAAGACAUCCAUGUUGUGCCGUUGCAGUGCUGCGGUUUGUUGGUCCCGAAUACGUACCAGUACAGUAACCGUAGCAGAAGACGUUGAAGACAGGAAGGGUCAAUGACAUUUGUUUUACAAGAAAUCAAGGGAAGUUUGGAACCCCCCUGUGACCCUUGACGCUUGACAACAUUAAUUUUGUGCCGGCAAAACAUGGCCUACGAGUAUGGGUGGCACCUCCUGAACCAAAACGGCACUUUUGGG